UUCAGCAAACUAAGAAUUACCAUGAAUUUACCAUUAGUCACAAUUGUACUAGCAACUGUUGUUGUAGUUGUUAAAAACCAUGAAUGUAAAGACUAUGACCUGUCGGCAUCAGACCAGUCUCUGAUAGAUAUGAUGAAGCAUUAUCUCCAUACGUCAAGGAAAAAAGAAAGUUCACAUCAUGCAAGCAAACCUGCUAAUACAGGAGUGACGUACGUGCAUUGGGGUAAGAAAAGUUGUCCAAAAGAAGCGGAUGUAGUGUAUACAGGACAAGUUGGUGGGAAUGAUGUUAAUAGUAAAGGAGGUGGUGUAAACUAUUUAUGUCUUCCGAAUGAUCCAGAGAACGGAAAACAUCAGUCAUAUAGUAAUAGCCAGGUAUAUGGUGGUGAAUAUGAACUUAGUUCGUCAAUGAAGCCAUCAGGAUGGUCUGAAAGUAUGGCCAACAAGGAAGUUCCAUGUGCUGUAUGUUACCAGAAACACAGAUCAACAGUCCUGAUGAUACCAGGUCGAAAGACUUGUUAUAAAGGAUGGGCCUCAGAAUAUCACGGUUAUCUGUUGAGUAGUCACGCAGGUCAUUAUAAAAAAGACUACGCUUGCGUUGAAAGGAAUGCGGAACCGUUGGAUAAUAAAAAUGGAGAUGAAAACGGAGCUUUGUUUUAUGCUCUCCGAACCAAAUGUGGCAGUUUAAGAUGUCCUCCGUAUACCAAUGAAGCAGAUGUUCUUUGUGUCGUUUGUACAAAAUAA